AUGUGGACAGGUUGGGCCCAUAUCAUCUGUGCAAUAUACAUACCUGAAGUAUUUUUCACUGAUCUUAGCACCAUGGAGCUUAUAUCAGUUGAGAACGUGAUGCCUGAUAGGCUUGGCCGGUCGUGUAUAUUUUGCGAAAGAAAUCAACGAAGCUCUCUAGCGAACUACGGAGCUUGUAUCCAAUGUGCGUGGAAAAAUUGCCGUUUAUACUUUCAUGUUUCUUGUGCUUGUGCAGAAGGUUUACUUAGCGAGUUACCUGCAACUGAAGCGAAUACAUCUUUAUCAAUUGCCGAAAUAUUAUUCAAGACAACUGAUAAAAAUAAACUUUCGCUUAAUUUAUCAGAUGAUUCCACUGAAUUAUCUAAAGAAAUCAAUCAUAGUUGUGAACAACAAUCUUAUAGAUAUCCAUUAAAUGGUUUUUGUUGUUCGCAGCAUAAAAAGAAAUUCAUGUCUGAAGCUUCCAAUCUGAACUCAAUUCCUGCUAUUUCUCACGGCACUGACGUUAACAAAGGAUGUAAGUCCCCUACGACUGAAUUGUCUUGUGAAGUGAAUAACCAACCUCUUAGACGCCGAUCUUCUCAGCUGCGCCUUUCUCAGCGACCAUAUACUUCGGAUCCAAACAGAACAGAUGAGAUUAUUAACACUCAAGACGAUUUAAAGAGUGAUGGAAGGAGUUCGUCGGAAUACAAAAGUGAAUUUAGUCAUCAAAGCUCUUCCACAGUACAGAAAGAUCAAAUUUAUAGUGAAACUCGCUCUCCUGGAUCUACAACAACCGACUGCCCAAAUGUUAAGCGGAUCAAAAUAGAUGUAAACUUAAGUAAAGACAAAAUUGGUGAAGUUAUUGAUACAGAACGAGUUCUUACAUCUCCGUCAUCAUCAGCAACAACAAACAAUCAAUCGGCUGUGACUAGUACAAUUACAUCAUCCCAAAGUUCCUUUACUGAUUCCACUAUCCCUGUAACUUCUCAGGAAAAUUUACCUCUAAUACUACCGCGUCGACCUUUAUCAUUACGGGGUUUAGGCAUUUCUUGUAAUUCGAAGAAUAGUUCAGUUUUAAAUAAUAUAGCUGGAAUGUAUGUUGACUCACCAUUGGCGCCUACAAAUAAAGUCUCAAUCUCAGCAAAAUCCGAUAAUUCAUUUCCACCUACAUUAGCUACAAUGCAUGAUUUGUUAGAAUGGCAAUGGGAUCAAGCUGGAGCUUUACUAAUGCAACAGGCAAAAAAUACAGAUGUUGUUACAUUAUUGGAUUGUUUGCAUCAAUUAAAAUGUGAAAAUGAUAUUCUUGAAGCUAAAUUAAUUCGUCUUACAACAAGACAUGAGCAUUUGAAAUCUGUGAAUGCUCGUUUGUCUGGUUCACUUGCUACAAUGGAAUCAACAAUGGUAAUGAACUCUCCAAAACAUGAAAUUUCCGAACAGAAUUCUACUGGAGUCAAUAAUCUUACAAAAAAGUCAAGUCACCAUUUCGCCCAUCCUUUGGAUACUAAUACUGCCAUUACUUCUAAUAUAACGACCACUACACAGAGUUCACAUAUAUCUACAAUCUUACAUUCUAUUGAUCAGGAAUCUCAUCAACCUCAGUUAUCCGACAAUGUCACUAAAAAUUCUUCGAAUCAAUCUGUCACAUUGAUCAACAAUUACAAUGAUCCAUCUUUUGCAAAAUAUUCAACUAAUAGAAACAGAAAAGUUCCAAUUCUACCGAAAGACUAUACUACAACUUGUUCCAAUUUGAAUUUAAAACAUGAUUCAACAAAUCUUAUGGAUAAUCUAGGAUCAUUUGAUAAAAUUCACUCAACCAAUUGUUUAAAUCAUACUCAACCAGUAUUUUGUACAUCGUUAGAUUAUUCGAAGUCUUCACAUGAAUCACAUUUAAGCUAUUCAGAUUUAAUAAAACAUCAACCGAAUACAUUUCUAAAUGAUUCUUUCACUCCAGAUAAUAAUAAUAAUAACCAAACUAGAUCAACCUUUGACUACCCAUCCAGUUCAUGUUCUUCUUCUACGUUACCGUCAACAAAUCCUACAUAUUUUACUAAAAGUGUUGAUCAUAAUGAUUUGCAGGAACUAAGCGCUCGUUUAAGUUCAGCGAUAGCUGCUCGACAACCUCAGUCAUCAAAAAGUACUAGUUCAGCUAUGCCUCCAUGUCCUGUUUUGCCUAAGAAUUCUGGUCAAAGCAAAAAAAACAGCAAAGUUGUUACAUCUGCUCAAUCAUCAUCUUCAAGUAAAUUACCGAUACCUCCGUUAAAUUCUGGUUCAUUGGUCAAUUGCAUUUCGAAAUUAGACACAUUAACUAGUUGUCAUAAUUUCUGUCCUACGAAUUCGAAUAACGUGCAACCUACAACAGCAUCUAAUAAUCCAACUAAAUCAUCAUAUUCCAGUGAUCAAGCUUCUAUACAAUCACAAAGUAACCCUUUAUCUUUUAUGAUAUUUACAUCACCAACAGUUUCGGAAAUACAUAAUCAUAAUAUUCCAUCUUCAACAAAUCAACCAAUUAUUACAUCUAAUGAAAUUCUCUCUAAUGAAUUGAAUACAUUUGAGCCAUCAAUAAUCGUAGCAACUAAUUCAAAUUCAGUUAGUCUAUCAAAUGAUUGUAAAACAAGUUUAACUCAUUGA